ACAACCUGCUUUUACAGGAAAGUUAAAACUCAAAUCUGACCUCCAAGAGCUAAAGUUUUCUCCUCUAACUGGAGUUAGGAGUUAAAAUAAGAUUAAAUAUAAACUAAUUGCUAUUUUUUUACUCAAAUGGAUUCGGAUUAAUUGUGUUCAGGGAAGAUACGCCCCGGUUAAAAUGCUCUCGACGACCUGCAAAGGUGUUGCGGCGGUAGCUACGGGAGGAGCGGAGCCGCCGGGGGCAGGAAGUCACAGCGGCCGCCACGGUGCCCCCCGACUCGGGCAAGAGAGGCGACAGGGGCUCGGUGUUCAGGAGUGGCCCGACGGGUCCAGAUACGAGGGAGAGUUUGUGAACGGAUUUAAACACGGCAAAGGGAGGUACAGCUGGAGAAAUGGAGAGUACUAUGAGGGCUCUUUCUACAAAGACUACAGGCAUGGGGAUGGACAAUACUUCUGGCCCACAGGCCACAAGUUCAUUGGGAAGUUUUACCUCAACAGAAAGGAAGGAUAUGGACAACAGGUGUUCCCCGAUGGAUCCACCUUUCAUGGUUUGUACCACACCGACCAGAGGUUCGGUCCAGGCGUGCUCACUUAUCCAGAUGGGCGACAGGAUGUGGGCCUGUGGCUCGGGGAGCGCCUCUUCAGAGUCUGUACCUCUGUAGAGGAGGGCUUCAGCUUGAAGAGCUUUCCUGAAUACGCCGCCUAUGUGGGCCCAUCUGUCUUUGCUGAUUCUCAGACCGAGCCCCAGGUUCUCUCUAGCAGCGUGGAGACCAAAACCGAAGCAGGUUCUGAGGUGGAUACAGAUGGAUAUCUGCUGGCAGAUGAGGAUUUUAUCCUUCCCCCAGGCUUGGAAAGCUACUCAACAGAUGGUGACCACUUGCCGCUUCCCCCUGGCCGAAGAAGAGAGUUGGACCGGCACUUUUUUGGCGAGCUUUGGGAGCCAGACGCUGAGCCCCAUCGAGGCUACAAGAGGGACCCACUUUCCGCUCUCCCCUUACAGGCCCGCAUGCAGGCUCACAUACAGAAACACAGACUGCAGGCUGAAAAUGUGGGCUGGGAUGUGGCAGCCGUUCUCUCUCUGAACAGGGAGGGUUUUGGACCUAAAGGGCAUUUGGAAGUUAGUUCAGAAAUGUUGAUCCAGCACAGCUUAAGAGGGGAAUUGCCGUCUGUGUCACACAUCCUCCAGACUGGUCUGGUCCACCCUGACGUAGCAGAUCCACGAGGACACACUGCUUUAAUUGCCGCUACAGUAAACUGCCACAAUGAUGUGAUCCAGCUGUUACUGGAUAUGGGUGCUGAUAUUGAUAAGCUGAACUGUGAAGGAAUGUCUGCCCUGGCUGUGUGCCACGUCCUCUACUAUCCUUUUCAGUCUCUGCACACCACUUUGCCUGAACCGCCAGACAAAAAUCCGGGUUUGAGAUCUCCAUCUUCUGGUGAGAACAGUGCCCAGAUCAGCCAAGUCAACACACCUGUACUCAACGACAGACCACAGAGCACUGACACAUUCUUAAGGAGCCACACAAGCCAAAGCUACAUCUCUGACCAAACAUCUGAGGAAGUAGCAGAGUUCAUCUCCCAUCGUAGCAGUAAAGUGUCUAAUGACGGUGAGCUCAUCGCUGAGCGCUGGCUCGGCCCGACUGCGCCCGAGACCCCUGCACCCAACACGGAUCACCUGCAGGAGGAGGAGGAGGAAAAAGAGACAGAAGGAGGAGAUAGAGUCUCAGAAAUAGAGGCAGAAGAAAGAAGUAGGACGGAACAUGACAAAGGGGAGGAAAGAGAGACGGAGAGUAGAUGUGAUGUUGCAGAGGAAAGUGGAGAAAGUAAGGGUGUGGGCGCUGAGAGAGAAUUUAAAAAUGGGGAAAAGGAAGAGGACGAUGUGGAGCUUGCGGAGAACAGAGAACCAGGAAAAGACAUUGUGGAGGAGAGGGAGGAGGUUGAGGGAGAAGAGGAGGAUGAAGAGGAAGGAAAUGAGAGAGGAAGUGAGGUUGUGCCAAGUGUGGAGCGCUGCAUUCAGGUGUUGGAUGAUCACAUUGCCCUGGGCAGUGUGCAGUGGAAGAGCGGCCACGCCAAGCAGGACCAAGACAACGAACAGCAGACCUUUGACUCCACCUGUUCACUCAGCAGCUACCGCAUCCAAGUCACAGAGGAAGUGAUGCAGCACUCGGCUGAAGCCCUGAGUCACACGGGGAUUCCUCAGAGCUGCGACACACAGGAGACUGUCCGCAAAAUGGCUGCCAUGAAAAUUAAGCAUCGCGUUCGACUAAACACCCUGAAGCUGUUGCUGGAACGAGGAGCUGACCCCAACAUAUCCAGGGUCCCCAUGCCUGUCCUCUUUUUAGCCAUCAUGGCAGCCGACACCGAGGCUGUCAGGAGGCUGCUGCUGUGUGGAGCUCGCACUGACAUCCCCCUCCCAUCGGACAAGAAGGGCCUGUAUCCCCUGCAUGUCGCUGCAGCGGUGCCUGGUCCAGCAGGUCCCAGAAUCACAGAGCUGCUGCUGCACACUAUCAUCGAUACAGAUGCUCGGGCAUGUGACCAGGAUGAAAUAUAUGAACCAGAGAGGAUGAAGGUCAGUGAGGCACCGAGGACCAGCGAGGACCCACGUCUGAAAGAAGGAGGCCGAACUGCUCUACACGUGGCCUGCCAGAGAGAAAACGACUACCAGAAUGCCAGUAAAGUGGUGGCCCUUCUACUCUCCCACAGAGCCAAAACUGACCUCCUCUGGAGUGGACACUCACCUCUCUCUCUGGCUAUAACAAGCGGCAACGACCUGGCGGUGGAGGAGCUGUUGAAGGGUGGCGCAGAUCCGAGUCUACCGCUGGGCCCCAGGGUGGGCAGUGCCCUUUGUGCACUCGCCAACAUCGACAACCACUUAGUUGGCAACAGGAUUAAGCUGCUGGAUAUGUUGACUAAGGCGGGCGCUGACAUCUUGGUGCCUGUUAGAGUGGGCGAUGUUGUGGGAACCGCAGUCGACUUUGCCCACCACUCCUUCAACCAGGACUUGCGUAUUGCCAACACUCCUUUCCACGCUCUGAACAUGCGGGAGAGGGAAGUUUUCAAAGCGCGGCGCCAGCUGCUGAGCAUGAUGGGAGAUCUGCUGAGACAGACGGCCGGCCAGAGGGAGAGGGACAGCUUAGAGAGAGAACGACACCUUACACAGAAUAGUGCUGGUGGUGCAGAGAAAGCAAAAAAACAUAGGAAACCGGUGUUUAUGUUCUGCUAUCACUGCGGCCGCUCUGCGUCCGUCAAGUUGACUGCUUGCAGCCGCUGCCACAAAGUCUACUACUGCUCCAGGACCUGCAAACUCAAAGCGUGGGAUGAAAGGCACAAGGAUGAGUGCGUCCGGACGUCAGCAUCUGGUGAUGGCUGCCAGAAGAAGGUUGUGUUUAAAUCUCAAAGAGUCCCCAGGCCCCUGACGGUCAUGAUGAAAUCCAAAGCCCAACCUCCCAGGUCCUUGAGGGCGAAGUUGAAUCCCCACAGAGUGCCCAAGCCCAUGAGCAUGGCUGAGAAUGUGUUGGAGAGCCAAAUCAACCUGAAGGAAAACUACAGCUUCAACUGACGGAUGCUGAACAUUUUUUAAUUACAGCUGACAGAAUCUACCUAAUAUAACAAUGCACUUUUCUCACAUCAUUUCUUCCAAUGCGGUUGUGACAUAAUCAUUUGUGUUAUUAAUUAUGUAAUAAUGGAUUUAGCUAUUUGUGCUCUUAGCCAUAGAGUCCAUUCAAACACGGAACAGCUGAAUCCAGUGGGAAUUAAAAUUUAUUAUGACUAUAUGAUACAGUAUAUGAAUUUAUAUUUAGAGGUUGUGAAUAUUUAUUUUGGACAGUUUUAUUUGCCACAAUAUUCUCUGGUUAAUUAGCCUCAGUUAUUUAGGAAUACGUACUCUACUAUAUUUCAGUCUGGGUGUAUAUUUACCUCUGUGCAUCCUCUUAUGUGCCUGCAGAAUCUCAGAUAUCCAUUAAUAUCAACUCUAAGUGGCCUAGAAACAGCAUCUCAGUCCUCUGUCUGGAUUUUUCCAAUGUUAUAUGGCAAUAUAAAACAUUUUAGCCAGAGAAAACUGGUGGUUUGAAAGAGUAGUAAAGGAGGCCGUCUGUGUAAAAAUGUGUCUGAUCCUGGUAGAUUUGUAAUCACAAGGACAGAUUUCUAUCUAGUUUAUAAGUUGUUUCUUUAAGUAUGAAAUGUACAACUACUCCAACACAAGCAGCAGUCCUGCAUUACUUUAGUAAAAGUACAUAAAUUAAGUAAAUUGUACUUCAGUACAUAAGCUAAAGGAGUGAAGUAAAGAAUUGUUGCCCGUCACUGACAUAUCUUUGAUAUUUUAUGAGAUUAGUUGCACUCAUACAGUAAUGUAGUCGACGUUUUAACUACUUUAUAUGCAUUUUUAUGUAUUUUAGUUGCGUCAUGUUUUUGAUGAAACGCAGAUGAUUGAUGGGUCAAGGAAGGUUUUUAUUUAUUUUUUUUUUAAUUAUUUGAUAUUUGGGAUUACAUUCCUUACAUUGUUUAAAUCUGCAAACUUUAGAGGGGUGGGGAUCACAGUCGAACAGAGCUCCCUCUUUAAUAAUGUGCUGUAUGUUGGUAAGAUCAUCAUGUCUUUAUAAUGUAAGAUCUAAAAAUGUUGAUUGUGUAAAACUUUUUGUACUUCUCCAAUAAAUAAUUCAAAUAGCUGUCUUAA